AUGGCACCUGAGUUCCUAGAGAAAGACUCAUUACACGUCGCGGUAAUUGGAGCACGUGCUUUCAAACACAAUGACAUCGUCAACAGAGCCAACAAUUCCAAGCUUCUAUCUACCAAGAUGGACAUCGCACUAUAUCCCGACGAAGACGCUACCGACGAACAUGGAGGCUUUUACAAACUUCAACGGUCAAAGCGCGUAUCUACCGCUAACCUGAAGUCACUGACUAAGAGGCAAGGAGAUCCAGGAAGCGAUAACCUCUUGUGUUCGCCGGUCGAGGAAAAGUUCACCACCAAUCUGGAUAUCCUAGAAGAAAUGUCCGAGCCUGAUACUCCAAGGUCAGAAGGCGAGACUCGCGAACCCAGCACUGCUGGACCCGCUGCUCAAGCUGACGCACCCGUACAAUCACCAGCUAGGAGCGAACCGUACUCAUCUCUAACCCACCGCAUAUCCCAGUCUCAGGAUCGUCUCAAUCGUCUAUUGGAGGAGCUCGACCGCACAACCAAGCGGUUCCUCCCCCACGCUGGAUUUACGAGCAACAUCGUCGACAGCCUUAGACCGCACUUCAAGUCCAUGAAUCACAUCGCCUCGCACCUCGAACCGCCCACCGACAAAUGGUCCGCUUUCGUGCACUAUAUCGCAUGGCUCGGCGUAGAUUCGUCCCUCAAGGAAGCGGACCGUGCAAGGGCAGGAGCUAUCGCUCAGCUGGGGUAUGCACUAGAUCGCUGGCAGCCGAAGCCUUCUGGGCCGGGGAGGUGGGCGGCUAGGAUGCAGCAAGCGUGCAAUGUGUGGCAGGAUACACUGCAUGAUUUACAAUGUUGCAGCUUCAGGGAUGGGGACGGCGAAACACUGGAUCCUAAAGAGAGAGAAGAGCUAAGCAAGGUUGUGGGGAUGGAGGACUUGGCGAGGGCGUUGUGUGUCCAUGCGAUGCGGUUUGGGGAUAAGUGGGAGGAUAAUCGGAGGAGGUAUAUUGAGGGGGAGGAGGAUGUUGGAGGUGGUGAUGGGCUUGAGGGGGGACGCGGAGAGCUGGUUGACAUUCGUGAGAAGCAUUCGACCGAUUCGUUCACUUCUGCGAGAAGUCAUCUCAAGAACCCAGAAGCAAUCAGCAAGGCGCACGUGGAGCACGAACUCACAGAAGAGAACCUGCGUGCACUCAGCAGAAGAUACUGUUCUAUGCCAAGUCUCAAUCCUGUCGAGGAGUGGGUAGUAAACUUACCGCGCCGCAUUCCAAAGCAAGGGCCAGGAUCUCAAGCAGUUGUUCCGCUUGUAGAUACACCGUCGAGCAAUCUGACCGAAUCGACUAUCUCGCAGGUCAGAACUAAAACAUCCAAGGCUACGCAUCCUUACAACGAGCAAGGAGAGUUUCCAUCAGAGGCUCCGUUGCCGUCUCAAAGCUGCGAACGGUCUUCAAGAACCACCAUUCGAGCGGACAUACACGAUCGAAGUGCUGCGGGAGAGGCGCCACCAUCUACUUCAUCCGCUAAACAGUGGAAACUAAUAGCCCUCUCAAGACCUCUCACAGUCCGUGGCUCAGGAUUGCCCACUCCCGAUUCCAGCCAGAGUUGGCAGCAAGCCAGCUCCGAAGGUACCUCGACAAAGGCCUCAAGCAAAGCGAAACAAAUGUGGCAGCAUCUCAAAAGAUACGUAAAAGAGCACCACGAGAGCGCCAACGCCACGGUCGCGGCGCACUACGGACAGGGCUCAUUGGGAUUGCAACCGGACACGAACGCUACUCAGGUUGAAGAGAUCAAGGAAGAAGGUCAAGAUUACGUUGCCCGGCACGCCCAUGGCUCAGAGGCCAAUUCAUCCGCAACUGAUUUUCCCCUACUAGUAGGCUCGAUCCCACCCCGUCCACCACGCCCACGACCUCCGUCUACCGCUUUUUCAGACCUGCAAUCUUACAGGAGCGAUUUGUCAGAUUCUUAUGACUCUGUUGUUGAUGAGUACGGUCCUGUUACUAUACCUCCACGUGCGCUUUCGACUGCGGACCUCUUCGCGGAACUGAAGUGGGACAGUAGCUCCUUUGCAGAGUCACUUUACGACGCUCAAGAACACAGUCCUAUUUCCGGGGGACAAUUUGUGCAAGUGCGAGACUCGCAGGGAGGCCUGGUACACUCGGUCAAGGAUGAUGCAUCCGUUCUGCAAACCUCGCAUGGAAUGCUAAGCGUAGAUCCGGGAAGUGUGGGAGGUAGCAAGUGGACGGCCCCUUCUGUGUGGAAUCGUUCGCCUCCGCGUUCGCUUUCUGGUACAUCGCCUGCUGAAGAAAUCACUGACAUCCAGGAACGGGAAAGGAUCGAUGAAGAGAAGAAGGAAAGGAAAGAAGACAAGAGGCAAAAGUACGCUGAGUUGAUGGAGCGGAGGUUGGUGGCGCAUGGGCUUCUCGCGAAGGAGAGGUAG